GCAAAUUCGAUCUUACAAAUCCCCAUCUAUAAAUAAGCUUAUGCUCCAACUAACAUCCCAAGAAAUAAAAGCAAUCAAUUUCUAAGUCUCAAAGCUUUUGAGUCUUUAAAACAAUUAGUUAAAAUUGAAAAAUGAGUUCAAUAAAGAGUAGAACAUGGAUGGUAAUGGCAGCAGUAGAAGGCAUGAAGGAUCACGGUUAUGCAAGAUGGAAUUAUACCAUGAAAUCUCUUCAACAACAUUUGAAGAAUAAUGUGAGAUCAUAUCAUCAGGCUAAUAAACUUUCCUUAAUUUCUAAGAAAAUGAAGGAUGAACAAACCAAACAAUGUGAUGAAUCCCUUAGAACAGUCAUGUAUUUGAGUUGUUGGGGUCCCAACUCUUAACUCCUAAAAUAUUAGAGUAUGCUUUAAACAAUACAAUUCUGUAUAAUAUUGUAAUUAAUCAUUCUAGUUUAUACUAAUACUUCUAUUUCAUACUCCAUAUAUUACUGUCUACUAUUUUUUUUCUACCUCUAAUUAGAGUAGUUGAACCUUCCUUCUUA